ACAAAGGAAUAGGAAAAAUGAAGGAUUUGACUGCCAUGACAUAGCCAAUCCUAUGGAAUGCAAAUCCAGAGGAACUGGUAACAAAGUGCCUUUGGCUGCAUCAUAGGAGACGUACAGGAAUCCUAUACAAUAAAGUAUUAUUAUUUCUAUUUGUAAGUCUGAUGUUUUUCAAACUUCCAACGGCUAGUGCAGUCAACUGCCUGAAGUAGCCGUUAGCAGCAAGUGCCUAUAUAACCUGAUGCUACUCUCUACAACGGAUAGCUCUUUUCCCUGCCCACAGCAUUUGCUGCCUGUGCUCUAUUCUUUCAUCUUCCCCUUGCUGCCUGUGCUCUAUGCUUUCAUCUUCCCCUUGCUGAAGAAACCACCAAGCAUAUUUGGCUCAUUUGUUGCUGCACACCAUGAAUCCAAGCUACCGUCGUAGAUCAGAAAGUGACUAUGAAUUUAUUCAUUUUGUACUUCCUACUUUAGAAGAUGCAUCACAAUCUUCUUCUAGUAAGAAACCAAUGCAUACAUCAAAACUUUCGGGGGCUUGGCGUGUUCAGGAGAUUUUAACAGGGCAUGAAAGCUUAUGCAAAAGGACUUUCCGCAUGGAAGUGGACAUUUUUCAAGCACUUGUUGACAAGUUGCGUGAGAAAAAACUCCUUGCUGAUUCAAAAGUACUAGCAGUAGAAGAGCAAGUGGCAAUAUUUUUGUAUGCAGUAUCCAAAAAUGCAACAAAUGAAACCCUACAGGAUUGGUUUCAGCAUAGUGCAGAAACAAUAAGCCGGCGAUUUGGAUUAGUGCUUGAUGCGAUCACACGGCUCACAAAUGUCUAUAUACGUCCACCUUCCCUCAACCCACAUCCAAUCUUGAGCAAACCACAAUUUUACCCUUUCUUUCAGAAUUGCAUUGGUGCUAUAGACGGAACCCAUAUUCCUAUGUUCCUAUCACCAGGCCAACAAGAACCAUACCGGAACAGGAAACAAACGCUCUCACAAAAUGUCAUGGUUGCUUGUGACUUCGACUUAAAAUUUGUGCAUGUACAUGCUGGGUGGGAAGGAUCAGCUUCUGAUGCAAGAGUUCUACAAGAUGCACUAAAUCAUGGUUUUCAUGUACCUCAUGGUAAAUUUUACCUUGUUGAUGCUGGUUAUGCAAACACACCCCAAUUUCUUGCUCCAUACCGUGGUACUAGGUAUCAUCUAAAAGAACAAGGAGAAGCACGUCAAAGGCCACAAAAUUACAAGGAAUUGUUCAACCUUCGUCAUGCUCAACUUCGGAAUCAUAUAGAGAGAAUUAUCGGCAUACUAAAAAUGAGAUUUCCUAUCCUGAAAGUUGCUGCACAUUAUUCAGUUGAUAAACAAAUUGACAUAUUUGUGGCUUGUUGUGUUCUGCACAAUUUCAUACGCCUACACAAAGGAGAUAUGGAGUGGCCCAAAGAUGCUCCCAUGGAGAUUGACCCGAACCAGAUUGUUGAUGUGCCAAAUGGAGACCACGACUAUCAUGGUGAUAUACAUGCAUUUAAUUAUUCCAGACAAGCAGGAAAUCAAAUGCGAGAUCAUAUUGCACAAGGAAUGUGGAACCAGUAUGUAUCACGCAGAGCUUGACAUGUAUAUGUAAAGUGAAGAUAUGAUAUGCAAGUUGUAUUACCAUUCAUGUGCUUCUGAUAUUGAUAUUCUACUUCAUUAAGUUAA